AUGUUUCCAUACCAACUCCCUGAAGAUCAGGACUACAUCGAGGUCCAGCACCCCGAGGAACAACUGGAUCAGGACAACGCCGGACAAGGGAGAACGGAGCCGUCCACACCGCGACAAAGCAAGCGAUCUCCCUCGGCCUCAACCCGCUCAGCGAAGAGCGGUAGCAAGGGGAAGGGAAGCAAAACCACCACGGUCGGAUCGGGCUCAGACACAGAGAAAGAGUCCGCCAAAAUGGCUUCUUCAAGAUCUUCCAAGCAUUCGUCAUCCUCCAGGAAAGACAAGUCUUCUUCCUCUUCCAAGGUCAAGAAGACGGACAACUGGGCCGAAGUGACGGAGCCCGACGAGAGGAGGCGCAUCCAGAACCGGAUCGCCCAGCGCAAGUUCAGAGAGAAAGCCCGUGAACAGAAAGACCGGGCGCAGCGCGAAGCCCAGAACCAGCAGUUGGCCGGCUCGGCCUACCACAUUCCGGACCCAGACGACUUCAGUCUCGCCGACGACAGCGGUGACCUCUCAGGCCUGCCCUGGGGCGGCAUCAGUAUGCGCCACGUCGUCUCGCGGGGCCACGCCUCGGCCAGCGCAGGACAACACACCCACAGCCACCACAGCGGCACCAACGUUAGUACGCCCGGACCGGCGGUGGGACCCGUCGACCAAGCGCUGUAUAACCUGAACCCGUACGGCGGCUACCCGGCCCAGGAUAGCAGUAUGAGCGGCGGCGGUGGUGGGGCGGGAGAUGUAUACUACGAUUCGCCCUAUGCAGGGGGUUACUACGAUUUCGAUCCGUCUGGUGCUGGGGACGGGCAUCAUCAUCACCACCUUCAUCAGAUGUGA